AUGGAGAUCAGGCGGGGGCGGGUGCGACCACCGAACAACAUACGUAGCCGCGCAGGAUCUUGGGUAAUGUCGCGGCCGUCGACGGUGACGCGGAAUCGGGGAUGGGCUGGAUCAUGCGGCGUCCUCGGUCGACGCGGAGCAGCUCGAUCGCGAAGUCGGUCUGGCGCGGGGGUGCCAUCUGGCCAGAAAAUGCUUGAGCGUCUCGGUCAGGCCGGUGAUGACGAAGGCGCCGUAGACAUAGCCGCGCCCGUCGACCAGCGGCCGUCGUCGCCGGUGCCCGCCAUGCGGCAGAUCUCACCGCACCGGGAAGGAGAUGGUUUCGUCACCGGGCCGGUGAACUGGCUGGCGUCGCGCGCGCCGAUGCGGGUGGCGGUUGCGUGGCGCCAGCUCGACUUCCGCUGGAUCUCAUCGAACGCCAGCGUAUCGAUGCCGAAGGCGAAGAGCCCGAGGAUGCGCAGCAUCGGCGGUUACUCCCAAUCGGGCCGGUCGCCGAAGCUGGGGAGCCGGCGCUGUGCGCGGCGAUCCCAGCUCGCGUAG